GUUAGAAACACCUAGCAACUACCUUGUUUGCCACGAUCAAUUGAAGAUUGUGAAUUGCGAUUAGAGUGAAUAGUGAUGGCUAGGAUAUUCAUUCUGCUGCUGAUUAUUUGUGCCGGGUUAAGCGGCUCUCUGUCAUUAAGUUCCAGGGCGAGCGUGGCCGAGACGGUGACCUCCACGGCCAUAACCUUCCCCGCCCGCCUGGAGGAGGACCUAGAUCCAGCCCUGACGAAUUUCUUCUGGUAUGAGGUCGGCGUGAUGUCAGGCGUGCUUCUCGCGGUCCUGGCGGUGAUCUGCGUGGUCUGGUGCCUCAGGAUAACUGUGCCCCGCGUGUGUGACUGCCUGUACAUUUGGUAUGGGUACAUCACCAUGGGGCGCAUUUACCGGCCGGACGAACCCCUGCAAGCCAUCGUGGUGGUGUCGGAUGGCGACCCACCACUCGAGGCACCGCCUGCGACGCCGCCAGAGGAAGUAGAAGUACUGCCAAGUCAUGACAUUGCGCCGGCGGCUCUACCCGAGACUCGGCUUCAAGUCGAGGAAAUGCCAGCCAGCAGUCUAGAGCUGGAGGCUUCAACGCCCCGCGUUAAAUACGUCGGAGUUCAUCUGGACGCGACUCUCCUGUGGACCCACCAUCUCACCACCAUAGCCGCCAGUGCUCGCGCUGCUCUUGGCACGGCGCCGGCCUGCCCUCUGCUCCAAGAUGUCCGCCCCCGCCUGUGGGACAGACUGGUUCUCCCUGUUCUGCUGUGCGGCGCCGUUGCCUGGGCGUAUGUGCCGGAGUACUGCAAGAGGCCCGUGUACUCCGGUUACAAGCUCGGCCUUCGCACUGUCCUUGGGUGGCCGCUCCGCGCCGCUGUUCGCCUUCUGCACCACCUGGGCGGCGUGCCUUCCCCACAGGAACUGAUCCGGCAGAUGGCAGACGGGUUCUGCAGGAAGAUCAGGCGCCACCCCAACCCUGUGACCGCAGCCACCGGCGAUUGUGACGUUUGACGGGCCUCACGUCCAUCGCCGUGUUCGAGACUACCACAUGCACGACUCCCCCUAACCCCAAGGAAGAACCAAGACUUGUCCACCCCCCCCCCCCUUGACAUGACUUUGCCUGUUUCCCCCUCACGUGAAGACCGACCUCCCCCCUCGUGGCUACCUUGCUGAACACCCCACUGGUUCAUCAGCUCCGGUUACCUCCCCGUCCGUGUUCUGCGUUCUUUUGUUUCUUUUGCUAACCCAGAUAAGACUUGAGAUAAUUUUUUCUCUUUUAAGAUUUAUUUUUCUUCAAAAUGGGGUCAAUACACUACAAAAAUGAUGUUCAUACCAUAUGAUGAUUUUUUUUAUAACACAAAACCACAAAAACUGCUGUGCUAUAUUUAGGACGCCAGUCCAAUCGACACAUAUCUUGGCUUACAUAUAGGACACCAGACCAAUCAAUUUCAAUGAUUAUUUUUAUUAUAAAUCUUACUUUCGAGUACUAAAAUGACAAAACUAUUUAUUUUACUGUGUGAAAUCUUUGAAACAUUUCACAUGAACACCAACAUUACAUUUGAAACACCUUGUUGUUGUUUUCGCAUGACACAUUCUGCAGCGAGUUUGCUUAUCCUGUAGUACAAUCCAGUGGUCCUUUCUAUCAAAUCUUGAAUCUUGAUGCCCUUAGACUUCCGUGGAAUGAUAUUUUGUUCUAGAACUGAAAUGGCCAGUCUUCUGCGGAAUGAUAAGUGGUCCAGUUCGCGGUAGCCUUGUCUAUGAAGUUCCCAGGCAUUUUAUUCAGCAACAACAAUGCAGUGAGCUAUCAAACUGAAAUACCACUUUUUGCCGCGUAUUGAAGUUCUGUACAAGCUAAUGUUCUGAUCGGCUCUGUCGACACCACCCAUGUAUUGGUUGUAAACAUGAAUGUUGUGUGGUUCGGUGAUACGGAUUCUCUUUUUUUGCUUUUGAGAAUAUCUGCUGACAUGGUGUACUGAAGAUGCUGGAACACAGUUUGAAGCAACAGUCACAACCCUGUUAUCGUUCCACUUGGUCAAGACGAUAUUGUUAUUUUUCUCUAUUUUUGUUUCACUUGUUCCUCGAGAAGUUUUCUUGAGUACUUCAGAACGUGUCAAAGGAAAACCCCCUACUCUAUUUUCUCUUAUGGUGCCCAUUCCUUUUAUGUUCCUUUCACGAAGUUUAACCAGUAAUGGCAAGGAAGUGAAGAAAUUAUCAGUGAACACGUGGUACUUGAAAGGGCCAAUAAUUGAUAAUACAUCGACAUACUGCAGGACAACACUAGCACCUAAACCCAAGUCUUUAUAUUCUGGAACUGCGAUAGUGUUAGCACCUUGGUAUGGGUCUGUCCAAACAAUGUAGCCACUGCUAGUCUCACCUGUCCACAACUUAUAUCCAUAGCGAUUGGGCUUUCCUUUUAUGAACUGCUUGCAUCCAUGUUUUCCAAAAUAUGGCACCAUCAAUACUGUGGUUUUCACAAUGAGGGGUAUGAAGAAGGAAACGUUUAUUGUGUUCUGUAAACAAUGGGCGAAAUUUAGCAAAUUUAGCACUUUUGUCAAGAUUGUCAUUGUUGCAGACAUGUAUGUUUUCCAUAAUAAAUUUGAACCUAUCUCUUGAAAUAGUAUUUGAUACCAAUGGUUUGUGAGUGUCCGGACUACAUUCCCAGAACAUGUUCUUUCGUGGAAGAUCUACAUAACCACUCAGCAAUAGUACAGCAAUAUAGCAUCUCAUUUCAGUUUCAGUUAUGUCACCCGACAGAUUUUUCCUGUGCUGCAUACUGAUUUGUAUACGUUGUCAUAAAUGAAACAACUUCAUCAUAAAAAAAAGAUAAAAGCAAUUGUUCAGGUGUAAGAGAGAUUUUAGGCAUAUGCAACAAUGGCCAUUCUGAACCAUCUUGUAUAAUAUCGCCUUCUGACCAGAGAUAAUUUUUCUUCUGCUUCAAAGUUUUUUUGGAAACACUGUGUGAAAUUUGAUUACCUGAUACCUCAACAUUCGAACAUAACUGACUACCAGGGAGAUUAUCCAGUAAUGGAUUUUCCUUUCCACCGGAAUCUUCGUCUGUUACUGGAUCACAUGCAGUUGCAGGUGGAAGUGCAAGUGUCAUCAACCGUAUCAGAUGCUGCAAGCAUUUCCAGUGCUUCAUUUAGUGAUAAUCCUCUGAAACAAAAACCAAGACUUUUUAUAUAAAAUCAAUGUAGUAUCAAAUAGAAUAAACAUGUUUAGAAAAGUUGCGUACAAGAAA